AUGAUCUGUUUGUUAUCGAUUACAUAUUUAUUGCCAUUAGAUAUAUGGAUGCAUAGAAAUGGUGGGUCUAUUGGAUCUCCAAGUUUAGAUAUUUUAUGGCUGAUUAUAUAUUGGACCCAAUUUAUUUUAUGUUGGUGUUUUAUCCCAGUCAUGAUAUCCUAUGUUGAUUUGAAAUAUAUUACCCCGCUUGAAGAACAAAACGAUAAUGACGAGCAUAAGUUCUCUAAGUAUAGGUUUAAGAAGGCAAUAUUACAAAAUUUGAAGUUUUAUGGAAUAUGCUUACUCGGAUUGGUUAUUGGCGUAGUUUAUUUGAAAAUGUCAAAUUUUAAAAACCAUUCCAUUAAUAUUAAAUCAUUGUUGAUCUCCAUGUCUCAUUUGUAUUCAUUAAGCUAUAUGUUAGUUUUGUUAAGUAUGGGUUUGAAUUUGUUACCCUUUUCUUAUUUCCAAGACUCUAAACCUAGACAUGCUAAUAAGAUUAAUAUCAGCACCAACAGCAAUGAUUGGGAAGAUAAACUAUUUAUCAAACUAAGUAAAAACAAUGAUGAUAUAAAUGACAGUAAAAUGAAUCUAAUAGAUAACUACAAUACAAUUAUGAACUUUCAUGUUUCAUUGGAUGGUGACGAAAAUCAAGUUAUAAUUAAAAAAUGCCAAGAAGAGGUGGAGACUUUAUUUGCUGAAAUUAAAAACAUUGACGGUGCCGAUAAUGGCUUAUCAAGCUUGGAUUUGAGUAUUACUAGACCAAGCAGUAGUUCAGUGAAUAGCACAGAAUUGCAGUCUUUGGAUGAAUUAAACAAUGUUUACAAUGCAUUUAAAACACAAUAUUACAACUAUUUGUAUUAUAAGAACUAUUCAGAUAAACUGGUACAUAAAUUAGUGGUAAACAGUGCUACAAGUGAUACUAAAAAACACUAUUUCCAACUAUUUUUAUUUGACGCGUUUGGUAUUUUAUGUUUUUUACUUUCUAUUUCUGUAGCAUUCAUUGAGUGUACACCUUUGAACCUGCAUAAAUGGUUAAUAAACAGCGAUGGUAAUGCAGCAAUUCUUUUAUUUUGUCAGCAUUUUAUAUUUUUCGGAUACAUGACAGUCAGUUGUUCUUAUGCAUUGUCUAAUUUCAAAUUUUCAAAUUUCCAUUUGAUACCAAAUGGUAGAUCUAAUCCAAGCAAUACUUUAUAUUAUUCUUUGUAUUCUAGCAGAUUAUUAUUGCCAUUGUGCUUUAAUUUUAUUUCAUUGGUACCAAACAGUUCGAGCAGUUUUCAAAAAGUUUUGUAUGAUGAUUUAUUUAAUUGGGUCAUAUUUUUAAAUAAAUAUCUGCCACCAUUUUUUAUAGUUGGUAUAAGUCUAAGUUAUUGGUUUAAUCUAAGAGAUAAACUGCUUAUUAAGGUUUUAGGCGGGGAAACCUAUUAUCAAUUAUUUGGAGAAUAUUUUUUAUUAGUGGACGACUACGGCAACUUAGGGAAUGAUGCUGAUGCCGAUGCCAUUGAACGGGAUUAUGAAUAUUCAUUGAGAGAGGGAAGAUCAUUGUAUGAAAGAUCAUUAAGAUCAUAA